AUGAAAAAACUUUCUUCAAUUCAGCGGUAUCAGACCGAAAAGGCAAUUAUUGAUGCUCUUUUGAAAAUAUCUGAUAUCAUCAAAAAAACGACUAAUAUAAAUCAAUUUUCAAAGAAAACAACAGGUGAUGGUGAUAAAAGACAAAAAAGAUAUGAAUAUGAUUAUGAACAGAUAUAUGAUGAACCAAUACCAUCUCCUAUGCGUACACUCGAGUCCUAUGUCUCAGGUUUCAAUCAACAAAAUGCAAUGUCUUCAUCACAUCGACCGUCGAAUUUUAAUCGGGCACCAAUGCUUCUGUGGAACUCACAAUCGCAUGAUAAACAAUGUUAUUCAAUAUCAAGAAAAAGAAUUAGUCAUGAUCAUCAAGAUCGAGAAUUGGCUCAUAAAUGUCAUCAUUGUGAUAAGUUCUCACCGUCAACAUCUUUAUUAUCGGAUAAUCGUUAUCGAAGAAAGUCAUUAAAACAUCAUUCACAACGUAAACUAUCUCGAUCCAACAAGAAACGACGAGUCAAUUGUGGAUGUCACGCUUCACAUGAUGAUAAUGGGUAUAGUGCAAGUGAUUGUUAA